UUCCACAUCGGACUGUUUAUGGCGACGGACAGCUGUACCUUGAACUGUAGAGUUGACUUUCUAGCGUUUUUCGACUUUUAAUAAUCUAACAGCAAUGUCUAACUUUCCGAAUUUAUGCCGUGUCGCACAUCCGUUGGCUUUGAAACGUUUUCCGAACGGAGGAAACACAAAAUCUUUGGUCGUCUGUUGUAACCCGAGGUAUUUGCAGUCUAACUCAGCUGUCAGGGAAUCGCAAUCCACAUACACGAAAAGCUGUCAAAGAAGAUGGAGCUGCUACCGGAGUAUCAAACAUUACACAACCUCCGUCAAUAAAACUGUCAGGAUCGGAUGCGCCUCUGGGUUUUGGGGAGACACUGCCACAUCAGUGCCCCAGUUGAUAUACAGUGGGAAGCUGGAUUUCCUGGUGUUUGACUACCUCAGUGAGAUCACUAUGUCUCUGCUUACCGCAGUCAAGGCCAAAAUGCCUAAUAUGGGUUAUGCACCUGACUUUGUCCAGAUAGCUCUGGCCCCCUUCAUCAAUGACAUCCAUAAGAAUGGUAUCCGUGUGGUCAGUAAUGCGGGUGGUGUCAACCCUCUGGCAUGUGCUGAGGCCAUACAGGAAGUCAUCAAAAAAGCAGGACUUAACCUCAAGGUUGCUGUGGUGACAGGCGAUGACCUUAUGCCCCAGAAAGACAGUCUGUCUGAGGUGAAGAUGGCCGAAGGAAACAGCACACAACAGUUGCCUAAAAUGCUCCACAGUAUGAAUGCUUACCUGGGGGCAGCUUCUAUCAAGCGCUGUCUGGAUCUAGGCGCUGAUAUUGUGGUCACAGGUCGCUGUGUGGACAGUGCCGUGGCUCUGGGGCCACUCAUGCACACGUUUGGCUGGAAGAGGAACGAUUAUGACCUACUGGCAGCUGGAAGGGACAACAUGGGCUUUCCGGUGGUAGAAUGUUCCAGCGACGGCUCCUUUGUUCUGUGUAAACCGCCCAGGACUGGUGGCCUGGUGUCAUUUGGUACAGUUGCUGAACAACUGGUAUACGAGAUUGGGGACCCACGGCAAUACUUGUUGCCAGACGUCACCUGUGACUUCAGCAAGGUGGUCAUCAAGGAGCUACCAGGUGUAGAAGGAGGUGCUGUCAAAGUGACUGGGGCCAAGGGCCAAGCCCCAUCAAAAUACUACAAGGUGUGUGCUACCUACAUGGACGGGUUCAGGGCCACAGCAGUGUGCCCAGUAGGAGGGCCCAGAGCCACAGAGAAGGCAAGACGAACUGCAGACAGCAUCAUCAAACGGACAAGGCGUAUGUUUAAGCAGCUAGGAUUUGAAGAUUUCAGCUCUGUUAAUGUCCAAGUUUUGGGAGCUGAGGACACCUACGGAGACAAUGCUAGCAACAAGGGCACAAGAGAAGUAGUCAUCUGGAUGUCUGUUAAUCACAGACAGAAAAAGGCUCUGGAAAUCUUCUCUAGGGAGAUCGCCCCAGCAGGCACGGGCAUGGCCCCUGGACUGAUCGGCAUCGUGGGUGGACGCCCGAGAGUGUCCCCUGUCCUGAAGCCUUUUUUCUUCCUGCACCCUAAGUCUCAGCUGAAGGUGGAUGUGCAUAUUGGUGGAGAGCUAGUGGACGCACUGUCAGAGGCAGGGCCGGACAUACCUGACGAGGAAGCACCGCCCACCUCAGCAGAGGAAUUACCUGACACAGACCUGCCCAGCGGACCACACAGCUACAGACUGGAAGAGCUGGCCUACACUCGGAGUGGAGACAAAGGAGACUCGGCCAAUAUCGGGGUUAUCGCACGGCACCCUCUGUUCUUCCCCUAUCUCAAGAAACACCUGACUUCUUCUGUGGUUGAGAUGUACUUCACCCACCUCAUUCAGCCCGGCACACAGAACGCUGUCACCCGAUACACUCUGCCAGGGAUUCAUGGUCUAAACUUUGUCCUGAAAAAUUCUCUGGGUGGGGGAGGGGUGGCCUCCCUACGCAGUGACCCCCAGGGGAAAGCUUACGGCCAGAUGCUGUUGGACUUGAAGCUAAAAGGACUGCCUGACCUCAAAUCAUUGGUGGACUAAGAUACACACGCAAAUAAUGAAAGACGAUGAGGUGAAUGGAGAGAGAUGAAAAAGAAAAGGGAUUACAAUCAGACCACGCCAUGCUACAAAAAUGUUUCACCUCAAAUGAGGCCAAGGCACAAUAAUUAAUUAAGGUUGAUUUUGGAUGAUGUUUUUCUAAGUGCCUCUAUUUGUUUGCUUGUUUGGUUUUGUUUUUUUUGUUUUUGUUUUUUUGGAUAACGACAUGCGAGAUGAUGCAUAUAACUCAGUCCUUAAAAACCUGAAUGGAGAAAAUGCAAUUCACAAAUUAUUUCCACUGUAUUAGUGACAGUGUACUCCGAUUUUUAAAGGGGCACAUUUUUAACAGACAUAUCCACAGUGCUAACUGAUAGAGAAAAUACAGGUAACCUGCAAAAUGUUCACAAAACACCGACACAAUGUGCCUUAAUGGAUGCUGGGCCACUACAAGCCAUCAGAAUAGCCCGACUGCCCUGUGGCACAGAUUCUACAAGUGUCUUGAGCCUUCUUGUCUGGCUGAUCCAACUUAAAUAUGAAGGGAUGUGAACUGUUUCAUGGUUGCAGGGAUUUUGGUACAGAAGCAGCUUCAUACAGUAGUCUUUGUGUGCCUCUUUUACUCGUGCAGAGACCAUAGAGUUCAAACAUCAUACCACCAUUUUCUCAAACACAGUUAUUUUUGUCGGCGCAGGUUCAUUCCUAGAGGGAACUAUAAACUUGAUGAGAGGGCAGGAUGAGAACUACAAUAAUCCGCUGGAUUUUGGGCGUCCGGGGUUGCGUAGCGGUCUAUUCCGUUGCCUGCCAACACGGGGAUCGACGGUUAAUAUCCCCAUGUUACCUCCAGCUUGGUCGGGCGUCCCUACAGACACAACUGGCCGUGUCUGCAGGUGGGGAGCUGGAUAUGGGUAUGUGUCCUGGUCGCUACACUAGCACCUCCUCUGGUUGGUCGGGGCAUCUGCUCGGGGGCUGGGGGGAAUAGCGUGAUCCUCCUUCACACUACGUCCCCAUGGUGAAACUCCUCACUGUCAGGUGAAAAGAAACGGCUGGCGACUCCAUAAGUAUCGGAGGAGGCAUGUGGUAGUCUGCAGGUCUCCCCGGAUUGGCAGAGGGGGUGGAGCAGCGACCGGGAUGGCUCGGAAAAUAGGGUGAUUGUCCAAGUACAAUUCGGGAGAAAAAGAGGGGGAAAAAGCCAAAAGAAAAGAAAAGAAAAGCAAUCUUCCGGAUUUGAUAUUACAAAUGAAAAAUACCCUAAAAGCCACAUUUUCUUUCACAUCUGAGAGGUAUUAGUUGUCAGAUAUCUGAGUGACGCCGUGUGCUUGGCCGCAUGUCGAACUGGUAUUUAACGGUGGGCUGCAGCACCGUGUUUUCCUCUCCCGGCAUGCUCACCUCAACGUGACCCCGCCGACAGUCAAUCGCCGAUGUUAGUGGAGCCCCGGGGAAUGUGCGUAUUCACCAAAGCAGUAUUCUGGCUUCUAUUCCGACUCUGUUUAUCCUUAAUUGCAAGCAGACAAAACCGAGCUCCCACUCCGGUCAGGACAGGGCGAGUCACUCCUGAUAUCCGGUUUUAACCUGAGAACUCAUCCUUUCACAGAUGUACCUCACAUCAGCCUCUCCCAUCCCUCCCGCCCAUACCUGCUCUGACAUGAUCUCAUCUUGGAAGAUUUAAAAAAAAAGAAAAGAAAAUCCUCUACCUCGUUUUGGAUUUUGUUUUAUUGUCCGAGCAUACUUCGUCAUUGAGCAGUCAAGGAUUAAAGAAAUAUUUGAAGGAUAAAACGACCGCAACUUUUUGGUGUCCUUGCUGUUGGUUGCUCAUAAUGUUGGUGACUUACAUCUUAAACCUUAUUGUGCUGUUGGUCUCGCUGCAAGUUGCCCUGCAUAACCGAAUCGGCUGGACGGCCUGUCCUGAGUUCGACGAGCAAAACACAGAAAUAAAAUACAGUUGUGUUGCCUGUCCGUUGUUAAAACAAUAAAUAAACAUGAUGGUACGGCACUUUUCAAAACGCCCACAAAGCACUUCACAGACAGUAAAACCAAAUUGAAGCCAAAAAGGUAAACAGUGUAAACGCUUCCAGCCAUGAAUUGAGAACUGGGUUGCAUGACAGCAAAACGGGCAAAUACGAGGUCGAAACUGGUCAACAGAUUAUAUAAAAGCCAGCCUGUAAGAAUGUUCUCAAGAACUCACUUGUCAUAUGAAACUGCCAAAUCUAGUUGCACGCAUGUGUGUGCACAUGUGUGUGCAUGCACGUGCGUGUGCCUAAGUGCAUGCAUGGUAUCAGCGGUGGUGGGUGGUAGCCAGGGAGGAGGGCAUGCGGGAGCGAGCAGACCGUGUAUGUAGUUCUCCACUGUCUUAAUGCUUUAGGUGGUAAUUAAACCACUAAAUCAUAAAACUAUAUCACUUACACACUGAUAUGCUGGAGUUUUGUAAUAUACAAAAUGACACACGACACAAGGAAAAUACGAGCACAGUUUUGAAGUGACAAAUUGGGGCACCACAAGACAUGCUAAAGACAGUUGUCUGCAGACAUGGCAUGCAUCAUAUUUAGUCACUACGACUUAUUUCGACACGUGACUUGCUGCAGCCGUGCCGUCUUGGGUGGUCAGAGGAACUUUUUCCCAUAGAGUACUGCUAGCCACUUGUUGCUAUGCUAACUCUUGUGGUACACAGACAGCUAGUUACUUAACCGAGUAACUAAUAAAACUAAUUAAAUUUGGAUGGUUUUAUAGAUCAUGUAGAACGUUUUUUGUUUCCCACAGUUGCCUCUUGAAUCAUGUUUCCGAGGUACUAAAAAUCAUACAGCAGAUUUUUUCCUGUUUGUGUAAAACCCCAAAUUAGAUAAAGAUGCUAUGAUUUCAGCCCCAUUAAGAUUUCCCUCAAGGAAAAAUAAACAUUGUGCUUUAAAUAAAAGAAAGAACCUAACAUUCAGCUGAUGUUGCCUCUACAUUGUCGGUUCCCAAAAUUUGGUUGCCUGCAAAAGGCCCUUUAUGGGGAUG